AUGGCUCUGGAGUUUGCGCACGAGAAAGACGAGGAGCUCAAGUCGGAGCGGGCACGGAGACAGCGGGCCGAGCAGGAGAAGCAAGCCAUUGGGCGAGAGAAGGAGUCGGCGGUGGCGGGACAGCGCCAGGCGGAAGAGAAAACCCGGGGCGGCGCCAACGACGCGUCCGCAAUCGGUGGCGAGCAGCGACAAACAGCAACGGCCCGAACGGCACGCCAGGACUCGCACGGCGUGGCGUUUACGGCCGCUUCUGCACCGGCGUCGGCAGAUAUGCCGCCGCCGCCACCGCCGCCGCCUUUGACGCUAUCCGAACCGGUCGACCGGCCGUGUUCCGGCCCCCUCCGCUCAGCCUUGCUAGAGACCCGAGCGCAUUUUCCGCGGUCCCGUAUCACCAUCUUCCCGGCAUGUGUUCGAACCCCCAGGUCGGGGGAGGACGACGGCAGCAGCAGCAGCAGCAGCAGCAGCAGCAGCAGCAGCAGCUGUAGGGAUGAAAAUGGCUGCGGGAGCGAGUUGUGCCGGGCGUGGCAGCGGCAAUGGAAAGCCUGGUGCGAGUCGACGGGCGCUCGGGUGUUCCUCGGCCAUGGCGUUUCUGCAGCGAUUGAGGCUGGGCCGGUUCUAGACGCCGGGCUAUUGUGGCGGGGGCCUGUCGUAGCCGGGGCGACAAGAACGCCAGUCUCAGCAUCGGUGCCGCCCUCGACAACAACAACAACAACAACAACAACAACAACAACAACAGCGGCCAAGGUGCCUCCACGGACUAGCUCAGGCACCUCCUACUCGGCGGCUACCCUCCAUAACUCAAACCAUCCGCAGCCAGCUCGCGCGAUCCCGGUUUUCCCCUCCUUGGAUGGGUUCGCCCUGCGACUAGCGGCGGCCUCAGUUGCUCCCUCGGCUUCGGCGCCAGUAGAAGGCGCCCCUCGCGGUGCAGCAGCUGGCGGUGGUCCUGCCGCCACGGUGGCGCGGGGGGCGUCGAGCACGCUCGGCCGCGCGCCGGCGCUGCGGUUAGCGCGGGUGAUCUCGCCGGUGGAGGUGGCUCGCGCGUGCCACCUUCUCGCAGACGGAGGCCUGGCGCCGGCCCUCGAGCUGUUCGUGGAAGACGACGAGAGGUGCCGGGGGAGCGCCGAGUUUUUGAGGAGGUGGGCGGUGGACGGGCGAGGGCUACUCUUGGUCACGGGAGCGGCGGCGGCGCAGGCUACGGGCGGGGUUCGCGGUGGGCGGGCAGAAGUGGGAAAGGGGGGCAUGGACGAAGGGUUAGCGAUGGCGUGCUUUCCUCACCACCGUCGCCGUAAUCGCCGCCUGCCUCGGGAGCUAGCCGGCAGCAGAGGACAUGCCGAUGUUGGGGCCGUUGAGGAGGACGAAGGCCGGGACGAGACGGCGCCGGUGUGGAGCGUCACGCUGUUUCGAAAAGCGUCGGAGUUCUCCGAAGUGGCGGUGUCGGCGCUCGUCGGCGAGACCGGCGGCGACCGCUGUAUGGAUAGCGGUCUCGUCUCUCGCCUUGCAUGGGGAGGCUCAGGCUCAGGCUCAGUGCUGAUGCGGAUGACAACGGGGCCGAGUCAUGCAAGCCCUCCAUCGGAUCCAGUGGAGGAAAAGGAAGAUACGGGAGAGACUCCGGCUACUUCCUCCGUCGUGGCGUCCCUACCUGUCUACACGCCUGCUUCUCUGAUCUCUCAACAGUCUCGCCUUUUCUUUCCACCGCAAGAAGCGUUGUCAGCCAAACCAGACGGCGCAACGACACCGCCACCUUUGACACCGGCCGGUGCUUCCACCAGUAGCAGGAGCAGCAGCAGGAAGAGGCGGCGAUCGGCUGCGCCAACCGUCGUUGGCAGCACUAUCCCCCGCGCGAGCAAACGCCGAGCACCCGGAGAGGAGGCUCUUGGAGCGGAGGCAUCGUGUUUGUCGUCGUCUUCGCCCAGAGAAGGAGGCGGUCGCCGGCGGUCGAGUCGCAUCGUGGGAGCAUUGGCAGUGGCAGAAAUGAACAACCAACUUUCGGAGCUGCAGGAGAAAUCUGCGGCCGCGGCAGCAGAAGGCAGGCGGCGACGGAGAACGAAGGAGUCGGCGUCAAGCGAAGCGCGUAGUGCUUACAGAGGAGGCAACGGCCGUGGCGCGGGGUGCAAGGGAGAGGAAGGCAAGCGAGUGGAACUCCCGCUUGAGGCCAAAGUUGAACCGUCCGAGAUGACGAUGAUGCCCGCGGUGAAGCCGGAAGCGUCAGCAGCAGCAGCAGCAGCAGCAGCAGCAGCAAAAGAACACAGCGCGCUAAAUGCCGUGAUGGAUGCAUGGGCUGCUCAGCUCCCGACGGCAUCUUGCCAGGGGCGAAGUUGUCGCGGUUAUCCUGCCGAAGGAGAAGAAGCAGGUGUUAAACGACGAUGUGGGGGAAGAGGACGGAAACGCGGACCGCUACCAGGAGAUACCGGCGUGCCGGGCGGCGAUGAAGGCCACGGGCCGUUUUUUUUUCCUUUCUCUUCCCUCGCAUUCGCUCUGUACGGGACCUUCGGGGGUUGGGGGGACGGGGAAGCCAGCGCAGCCGUGGACGGCGGGUUCCGGCGUCGUUUCUGGGCAGAAGAAUGCCUCCUUCCGGACGGCGGCGGCGGCGGCGGCCGUGGUACUUCCUUUUCUUCCGGACGUGCGAUGUUUCCCGGUGGGUCUGGUAGCCGCAACGGUUACACAAGCGCGUCUUCCAAGGCGGCCCCUACCCCUACACUCAGCGGGGCCGCUGGUGUGUCGGGCGGGGAAUGGGGCGAGGGAAGGUCCAGGAAACACAACGACGGUGGUCAUGGUGACGGCGAGAAUGAUCGCGGUGUUGGCGGCGUGUCGGGGUGUGCCGCCGCCACCGCCCGGGCUUCCGGCACAACCGGCUACAAGAGCGGCAGCGGCAACAGCGGCGGCGGGUCCGGGGUUGCAGCGGCAGCCCCGCCGUCGCCUCCGAGGCGAACGCUGUCCACCGCCGAACAGGCCCUCGUGAACGCCGGGCAGCAGCAGCGGGCUCGCGCAAAAGAGCGGCGGGUGGUCGCGAGAGAGCAGCGGGCACGCAUGAAUCGUCCCCGCCCCCGCCCUCGCCCUCCCGGCGGCGGCGGCGGCGGCGGCGGCGGCGUCGGUGCCGGCGGCGGUGGGUCAUUGGUGUCAUCGCCGUCGUCGUUAUCUUCGUGGGCGACGGGAGUUAUCGACGGGGGCAGCAACGGCGGGAAUUUUCAACGCAGCAGCGGUCCCUCCUCCGUCGGACCAUCUUCGCGUUCUCUCGGCAUGGUGGGCCGUUCGGGCUCGAUGGGGUCUAAGCUUUCACGCGGGAGCCUUAUUCUGGGCCGUUCAGUGGCGGGGGGUUUCGGUGUUGGGGGAUCUUCUUCCGUCGCCGGCGCGGGCGGCGGUGAAGGGAGCGGUGGUGCAGGGGCGGGAGGAGGAGCUGCUGGUGGUCAUGCUAGGGUUGGUGUUGUCGCCCCUGCUGGUGAGGCUGGUGUUGGGGUGCAGCAAGAGUCGACGACGGCGGGGACGACGACGCGGCGGGGAGAGAAGAGCAUCGCCUCCGCGACGGUGGGCUGGGGUGCCGGGCGCGCGGGGAGACGUGGCAACCACCGCGAGAGACCCAAAUCGUUCGCGUCUCCGUCUUCUUGUCCUUCGAUUUCGCCGGCGGUGGUCGGGCUUGCGGCGGCGGCCGUUGGCGGGACCAGCCGCCGGGCAAAGCGAGCCAUCCUCCAGGACCCACCGCCUGCAACGGUUCCGCCACCAACGACUUCAGCAGAGCCAGCAGAACGGGCAACAGCGGGAGGGACGGAGGGGGCGGGCGGUAGGUCGAUGGCGGCGGGCCCAGGUCAUGGCGCAGACAGCGAGGGACGUUCCAGAGCUGGCGGAGCUGGGUUUGCGGGUGCCGGCGCCGCAGACAGUGUUGACCUUAGUGCGGGUGCUAGCGCGGGCGCUGGAGAUGCGGCAGGUGCUGGCGACGCCGGGUUCAGGCGGGUAAUGGAGCGCGCGAUGCUCGCCGCUAUUGCAUCGCAACUGGGCCUGGCUGAGGACAACCCAUGCGUGCUAGCAGUUUUCGAGAGGGAGAGUCGACUCAUGGGUGGUGGUGGCGGUGGCGGCGGCGGCGAGGUGGAGGAAUGAACGUGAACUUCGUUUUUGUUUGUCCACCCGCGGGCCACGACGGUGAAGUAUUUUUAAUAAAAGUUUUACGAGGGCCGCAACGUGAACAGGAUUCGGAGGGAAAUGGGAGAGGAGAGCCGGAUCAUCAGCUUGAUUAAUUCAUGAGCUUUUGACUCCGUGUGUGCCCCCAGCGCAAUCUACAAGCGUUGGAACGGGGUGGUGUCGUUGACGAUGUUUUUGCGGCCUACGAGGGUAGGGUAAGAUGUUGUCGCUGAAACAUCGUGAAGAGAGCCUUAUGAGGGUAGGGUAAGAUACACAAAUCACUUGAGUUGAGUAUUGAUUUCUGUCACACUUGAUCUAAGUAGGGAAAUUUCGGACAAUAUUUCGUUGUUGCUUUUUUCGGGACUGCGCUGGCUGAA